AUGCAAUCAGGGUGUGAAAUAUGUGGAGGGCCUCAUUUAUAUGAACAGUGUACAGCGGCCAACAUGUAUGGUAAUAUGCCAGUUAAUCAGGCUCAAGUACAGGCAGUUGGUAAUUUUCAGAGGCCUUAUCAGAAUCCGUUCUCCAAUACUUAUAAUCCUGGGUGGAGAAAUCACCCAAAUUUCUCAUGGAGAAAUAAUCAGGGCCAACAAUCACAGUUUCAAGGGCCAUACCAGCAGCACAUGCCACAACAGCCUAUGAAUCAAGCCUCAUCGUCACACCAGCCUAGACCGCAAGAUCAACCAGAAAAGCCUAAUGAGUUGCAAGCAGCCUUACCGCAAGGGAAUUUGCCUAGUAAUACUGUGGUAAAUCCUAAAGAGAACUGUCAAGCAAUUUCGUUGAGGAAUGGUAAGCAAGUGGAGCAGCCCAGUGUACAAAAUUCAGUGGUUCAGAAUGAAGAGUUGGGUGAGAAAUCAGAUAAUAAAGCGAAUGGGGUUACUGAAGACCACCAGGGUUCAAACAAGUGUCCUCCCGUUGUUGAUAGUCAGCCAGUUCAACUGCACAUCAAUAUUCCAUUUGCUGAGGCAUUAGAGCAGAUGCCUAGUUAUGUCAAAUUUAUGAAAGAGAUUCUGUCAAAGAAAAGAAAGAUGGAGGAGUAUGAGAUGGUGGCACUCACUGAAGAGUGCAGUGCGAUAUUGCAGAGAAAGUUGCCCCAAAAGUUGAGAGAUCCGGGGAGCUUUACUAUACCGUGUAUAAUUGGGAAAUUUGAAUAUCGAUCGGUAAAACAUCCACGGGGAAUUAUUGAAGAUGUUCUUGUGAAGGUGGAUAAGUUUAUUUUUCCUGCUGAUUUUAUCGUUCUGGAUAUGGAGGAGGAUAUGGAUGUACCAAUCAUUCUGGGCAGGCCAUUUUUAGCUACUGGGCAGGCUUUGAUUGAUGUUCAGAAAGGUGAGCUGACACUGCGAGUUCAGGGCGAAGAAGUAGUAUUCAACGUGUUUAAGGCCUUAAAGUUUGCAAAUGUCAAUGACAACUGUUUCAGAGUUGACCUGGUAGAGAAAGCGGUGGUUGAAAUUAAUCUCACAAAGGAUUCACUUCAGAAGAGCUUGACAAUUGGGGAUAUAGAUGCUGAGUUAGACAGUGAGGUCCAAGAAUUUGGGCACAAGGUGUCUAAGAAUGGUAUUGAGGUCGAUAGGGCUAAGAUUGCUACUAUUGAGAAUUUGCCGCCUCCAGUUUCAGUUAAGGGAGUGAGAAGUUUCCUUGGUCAUGCGGGGUUUUACAGAAGAUUUAUAAAGGACUUCUCCAGGAUUUCAAAGCCACUCUCGGCUUUGUUGAUGAAUGGGGUGCCAUUUGAGUUUGAUGAGAAGUGUCUUGAAGCUUUCAGGAUACUAAAGCAGAAGUUGGUGUCGGCACCUAUAGUAAUUUCACCGGAUUGGGACCAGCCAUUUGAGUUAAUGUGCGACGCAAGUGAUUUUGCAGUGGGUGCGGUUCUGGGGCAGCGUGUUGAUAAAGUAAAUAGUCCCCCAAACUUUGGUGGACUAUUUAUUAUGCCAGCAGAACACUAA